AAAUAAUAAACAGCACGCCAUUAGGAAGCUCAGAGUUGAAGAAAAUCAAACAAGAUAUAUAUUGUUACGACCUCAUUCAGUAUUGCCUCUUGGUCCUCAGGCAAGAUUGUUCUCGAAUCCAGGGUGGUUGGACUACCAUUUCCCAGCUUACACAGAUAAUAAGACAGUUGAAUGCAGAUAUCUUGUGCUCUGGAUGAAUGAUUUGGGGAUGACAAUGCACAAGGUAUGUACCAUUGUUGCCCCCUGAUUGAUGUGUUUUGAAAGUUUGUUGUAAAUUUGAUUUUAGAGGGAAUAAAACCAAGCAAAAUAAAACAGAAUAAAGUCUGUCAGAACAAGACAGUGUGACACAGGAUUUCAAAACAAGAUAAUCAAGGAAAUCAACAAUGGCUAUCAUAGUCCCUCUUGUUGCCUUCAGAGUAGCUCCCCAUACCUUCACACAUAGUAAAAUCAAACAAUACAGAAACAGAAUAGAACAAAUAAAAACAAAACAAUGAACGCAAUGCAGGACUUCAAAACAAGAUAAUAGUGUAUCAAAAAUAGCUACCAUAAUAUAUCUUCAAAAUAGCUGCGCAUGUCAUCAGAUACAAUAAAAUCAAACUAGAUAAAACAGAAUAAAACCCAAUCAAACAAAACAAUGAGAAUAAUACAGGUUAUAAAAACAAGAUAAUAGGGAAUAAACAAUGGCCACCACUCUUAGAAGGAGAUCCCCAUAUGUGCUACAUUGUGUACUGUUAUCCUCUGAAGAGAUGAUCAGACUAUUGUCCUUAGGUCUGCAAAGUCAGUGGAACACUAAACAUUACAAACAUUAAGUUAUAUUUUACCUCUUGAGCUAUCAUCACAGCCUGUGUUUCUUUGGAUCAGCUGGUUGCUUAUGGGGUGGGUGGGGGAACAUUGGCUCUUCUUGUUUGCCUGCCUGUGUGCCUGAAGGGACUGGGGUCUGGCUGGCCCCCAGUCAGCCUGUGCAUGGCACUGACUCACGGAAGAUCUUAGGUUCUUAUUGAAUUGUUCUCCUCCCCAGCAGUCCACAGAUGGUGCCAACUCAUAGGAAAGGGCUGACGUCUGGCUCUCCCCAAGUCAUCUGGUGCAUGGGAUGUAGUGUUGUUUUCUUUUAACCCUUUAAAUAAAAAGGAUUUGGAAAAAAAUAAAUACAAAAAUCAGACAAAAGCAAGAAAAAAAAUGUUUAAAAAGUACACAUCCUGAACCUAAAAUACAUAUGAGGUCUACACCACAGUUUACUUUUCUAGAAAGUUGUUAGUUUGAUUGUCCAACAAGAUUUUUAUUAGGUUAGCAACAAAAGAUGAAUGCCAGAGAUGCUCAUUAAGGUACUGUGUCUGUAUAAAUUUAAUAUUCAGUUGAAAUUUAUGAUUAACACAAACCUGUGCUCUUGUUUUAGCCAUUGCUGUGUGGGCUUAGAGCCAGGAGAAGAUGCAGAGGAAUUUUACAAGGAAAUACUUCCAUCAGCUGCAGAAAAUUUUUUAGUUUUGGGGAAAAAAUUGCAAGCAUGUUUUAUCAAUACAGCUAAGGGUGAAGAAAAAGAUGAAUUACUGCACUUUUUCCAAAUUGUGACUGACUCUUUCUUAUGGCUUUUGGGAGGUCAUGUUCAACUCAUACAGAAUGUAUUACAGAGUGAUCAUUUCUUACACUUACUGCAAACUGACAAUGUUCAAAUAGGAUCUGCAGUCAUGACUCUGCUACAGAAUAUAUUACAAAUCAACAGUGGUGAUCUACUCAGAAUAGAAGGGAACAUCCUGCAUUCAAUUUUAGAUGAAGUUAUUUCCAAGUUUUUACUCAGCCCUAGUCCGUUCAUAAGAAGCACUGCUGUGAAGCUGCUACUGUUGAUAGCUCGAUCCCAUCAGGACAUUUUAGUUGCGCUGAGACUAAGUACCCGCUACAAAGGAUUCAGAAAUCAACUAAUCGCACAAGGAAUUAGGACAGAAUUCAGUCAAGAAUUUGAACAGCUCAUUGGCCUUUUAAACCCUAAGAUCUAUCAGGAAGUAGAAGAACAGAAACUACAUCAAGCAGCUUGCUUGAUUCAAGCUUAUUGGAAGGGCUUCCAGACUAGAAAGAGACUUAAGAAGCUUCCAUCUGCUGUGAUUGCUUUGCAGAGGAGUUUUAGAUCUAAACGAACAAAGGCGUUGCUAAAGCUAAAUAGGCAGAAAGAAGAAAAGAAUCUCAGAUUGCAGUUGCAACUUGAAAGGCAGAGAGCCAUGAGACAUUCCCGAGAAUUACGGCUGAGUAUGCUUGAAAUAGUUCAUCCAGGUCAAGUGGAGAAAUACAAUCAGAAGCUGGAAGAGAAAUCAGCACUGAUAAUCCAGAAGCACUGGAGAGGGUACAGACAAAGAAAAAAGUUCCACCAACAAAGGCCAUGUCUCACAGAGCAUAAAGCAGCUGUCAUACUUCAAAGAGCAGUUCUUAAAUUCCUAACAAAGUGCCGUAAGAAAAGGAAAGUACUUGUCCCUUGGCAAGGACUCCAGGAACUCACAGAUGCACGCAGAGUUCAACUGAAGCAACAAGUGGAUGACUAUGUCAGAAGGCAUCCAAGCUCUCAGAUGUCAGAUGAGGCCAGCAGGGAGCUCCAUGCCCAAGCUCAAGAACGGCUACAACACUACUUUAUGAGCAGAGCCCUAGAAGAGAAAGCCCAGCAGCACAGAGAGGCUCUGAUGGCUCAAAUCAGCACAAAUAUUGAACAGCUAAUGAAGGCACCAAGUCUGAAGGAGGCAGAAGGGAAAGAACCUGAGCUCUUCUUAAGUAGAUCCAGGCCUGUGGCAGCCAAGGCCAAGCAGGCCCACCUCAUCACUCUGAAGCACACUCAGGCACCUUGGUGGAAGAAGCUUGGGGAAGAACCAGGCAAUGAGAUUGAUGUUCCCAAGGAUGAGCUUACUAUAGAAUUAGAAACCUUAUUCAUUGGUGGGACCAAAUCCCCUUAGGGAAUUACCCUGAAAACUAUAUUGGUUCUGCUCGUUAUACUGGUAGCCUAAGACUUUCCUACCUCAUGUUUUUCCAGAGAUUUCUCCCCCCAAAAAAAGACUUUCAGGGAGUAAGCACAAAGUUAGCACCUACCUCUCAAGUCUCUUUUUCUUUUCUCCGCCUCCCUGUCUCUGGCCAUACACACAGUCUAUGCUGCUUUGGCUGUGGAACUAAACUGAUCAUGGCAUUGUGUUGUUGAUAAAAUAAUAAAGUUAUUUCAUUUUACUAUC